AAUUACUUGUAAACAAACUAGCUUUCUUCUCAUAAUUUUAUCGUUUAUCAUGGAUAAUUCCACCGCAACAAAGUUGCAAACCGUAUGUCGAACCUGUAUGAGUAGCGAAGCAAAUGCGGAAAGUAGCGAAACACCACCUUACAAAAAACGAAAAACAUUUAAAACAUCCACAAGUAAUAUGAUAUCUAUCUACAAUUCACCCGAGGGCACGGAUAAUAACGUUAAUUCACCGCCGAUAAUAGAUAUGCUGCUUAAUACUACGCCUCAAUUAAGAAUUGAGGCGAACGAUGACCUACCUAAAUAUGUAUGUGAACAAUGCGUUGGCAAACUUUUAAAGGCUUACGAAUUUCAACAGAUGAGUUUAAGAGUCGAUCAACAAUUAAGAGAAAUGCUGCAGGAACAAAAGCAUCUUCCUAAUGAGAAUGUAGAAGGGAAGGAGGAUAGUGUUGAUAUUUCCAUGGAUGAUCCUUUAGAUGAUAGCAUUUCCAGGGCUAUUUGUGAUAUAACAACCACAAUUAAGAUAGAGAUGGAAGAACCUUUAAUUGAUACAACACAAUUGGAAAAUAAUUAUGCUGAAAGAAAUACAAGCACAGAAAAUAUUAAGUAUGAAAUGCAAGUACAGGAAUAUGAGUUAAGUGAUGAAGUUGAGGGCGAUGAUAGAAAUUGUGAUAGUGACGACAGCGACUGGGUUUUGGAAGAAUAUAGAAGGCAGCAGCAACAGUUAAAUAUUAACAAACUAAGAGAGAAAGAUAUUAAAAUCACAUCAUCAGCAAAAAUUUCUAUACCCAAAGAUUUUGUAUGCGAUGUUUGCGGUAACGCUUUGUCUACCAGUAAAAGUCUUAAACGUCAUAAAAAGAUACAUUUACGAGGUAAGGGAAGUCAACCAAUACCAAAUACAAAUGGGGAAAAAUUGCCAAAGGUCGAGGGUGACGGUGAUGAAAUUAUGUCCGUAGAAAAAGAGAAUGAGGAAGAACAUGUCGAAGAAAAGCCACAAGUUGAAAGCAAUGAUGAAGAAGGUAAAAAAAGGUUUAUUUGUGACGUUUGUGGUGGCCGAUUAUCGACCCGUAAGAGCCUUAAACGUCAUGAAAAGAUUCAUAUGCGGGGUCCUGAUGAAAUCAAGCGAAGGCCAAUAGGCCAAAAAGCUACCUACGAAUGCAAAUAUUGUCAAAAAGGUACUUUUUUUCAACAAUCUAGUACAUUAAAAGAUCACCUACGGGUACAUACAGGGGAACAACCCUUUCUGUGUUCGGAAUGUGGUAAAGCUUUCAAGAGUUUAAGUAACAUGAAACAACAUUUACUGCGACACAAUGCCGAUAAACGCUACGAAUGUCCGGAUUGCCCAAAAAAAUUUCCUUGUCUUAGUGAUUUGGCUUCCCAUAAAGCAGUACAUUAUAAAAACAAGGCUCACGUUUGCGAUAUGUGUGGAGCGGGUUUCAUUAAACCCUAUCAGCUUAAGAAACAUAAGAUGUAUCACAAUGGGGAGAAACCCCAUAAAUGUGAAUACUGCGAAAUGAGAUUUGUUUUGGCCGAUCAAAUGCGCCGUCAUAUGCGCACUCAUACAGGAGAAAAACCUUAUAAAUGUAAAUAUUGUACACGUGCCUUUGCUCAAAGUAAUGAUUUAGUGAAACACUUACGGAGCCAUUUAGGCGAUAAUGUAUAUAAAUGUGAACUGUGCCCGCAAGGAUUUCGUUUAAUUAAAGACUUACGUGUACACUUCGCUACACAUAAGAAUGAAGAUGAGGAGACUAGAAAACGAAAUUUGCAAGCGUUAUUAGAAGAGGAGAAGAAACUACAAAUGAAAUUCGGUUUGACAGAAAUUUCCAUGUAAAUUUUAAUAAUAUAUUUCUUUCAAAACAAAGAUUAUUAUAAGAGAAUUUUUUACCUUAAUGA